ACUCUCUGGAGCCAGCCAGUUGUCUGCCCAGUUGCCCCCUCUGUGCUGUCCUACAGCUUCUGCACCCUGACCCGGAGAACGGCUCCCUUGGUGUGAGGCCAGGGCUCUCGGGAGGGGAGCCAUCGCCAAGUGCAGCUGGGGUGAUUAACGCCAUUUAACCUCGUCUGCCAGAGCACGGCGCCAGAGAAAGAGGAAAUGCUGCUGCAGUUAUCGUAGCGGGAUGGGGACUCAGCCUGAUCUUUCUCGCUGCCAGGAGCCGGCACAGGGAGCUCUAGACACAGAUUAUUGAUUGGUUGGGGUUGCUGCUGGCCCCAAGUUCCUCUCCCCAGUUACAAUCCUGGGGACACUCUGCUCAGAUCUCUCCAGGAUGGGACAGGGAUGAAGCCUGCCAGGCGAGGCACCCCCGGCUGUGUGCUGUGAGCAUGCAGAUGCAUGAGGCACUUUCAGCCCCCUGAAGAAGGCUUGGUGUCCAAGUCUUCUCCCAAGAAACCUCGUGGCCGGAACAUAUUCAAGGCCCUUUUCUGUUGCCUCCGCGCACAGAAUGUUGGUCAGUCAGGCUGCGGUGGGGAGCAUGCACUGCACAAGGAGGAACCCAGCACCAUCGCUAAGUCCGAUCUGCUGCAGUGUCUUCAGUUCCAGUUCUACCAGAUUCCCGGGACGUGCCUGCUCCCCGAGGUGACUCAGCGGGACCAGGGCAGGAUCUGCGUGGUGAUCGACCUGGAUGAGACACUGGUGCACAGCUCCUUUAAGCCAAUCAACAAUGCUGACUUCAUAGUGCCUGUGGAGAUAGAGGGAACCUUGCACCAGGUCUACGUGCUCAAAAGGCCCUUUGUGGACGAAUUCCUGAGGCGAAUGGGGGAGCUGUUUGAAUGUGUCCUCUUCACUGCCAGCCUGGCCAAGUACGCCGACCCGGUGACGGACCUUCUGGACAAGUGCGGGGUGUUCCGCGCGCGGCUCUUCCGGGAGUCCUGUGUCUUCCACCAGGGCUGCUACGUCAAGGACCUGAGCCGUCUGGGCCGGGACCUGCACAAGACGCUCAUCCUGGACAACUCGCCAGCCUCCUACAUCUUCCACCCGGAGAACGCGGUGCCCGUCCAGUCCUGGUUUGAUGACAUGGCGGAUACGGAGCUGCUCAACCUCAUCCCCGUUUUCGAAGAGCUGAGCGAAGCUGAGGAUGUUUAUACCAGCCUCGGCCAGCUGCGGGCGCCGUAGAGCCUCCAGUGCCCUGGCAGCCCAUUUCUGCAGGGGACUUUCACUCAGUGCCUUCACUAGCAGCCAGGAGGAAGUGGUCGGGCAAGGAGUCAACUCCUGGGCCCCAGUGGGAGUGCCAGUCGCCCCUCGGACUGGGGCGCAGGGCGGGAUGUUGGAUUGCAGAGCGGGGAAAUCUCUGUAGCCCCAGGCACAGGUCUGAGCCCAUCCCCUGGUAGCCCUGGGGUCUCUGCACUGCGGGGUGCAGGGCUCCCCACGCUCCGACUCGCAAAUGGGGCUCUGCUUCCUGCCCCGCUUGCCUCCCUGAUGCACAGCACCUGUGGCCAGGCUGGGAGCGGAUUCCACAUGGGGGGUGGGCCUGGCUGGGCGACUCCUGCCAUGGGGGGUUGGGAGGGUUGUACAUCCCAACGCCUCCCCUCUCCCCCCACGUGCUGCUCUGAGAGCAACUGCCUGAGCAGCCGGCCAGCCUCCCAGGAGGACGGUGCUCUAGCUCUCCAAAGGGCAAAUACCAGCUGCCCCGAGCCCAGCGUCCCCGGCCCCUGGAGGCAUUCCGCCCGGCGGGGUAGCUGCUGCGAAACCUUUCCUGUGGCUUUCUCCUAAUCUUAGUCCCUCCAGUGCGGAGCCUCCAGAGCCCUGCCUUUGCCAUCCCCCCCCCCCAGUCUCAUCUUCCCACUUGGAGCCACUGAUCCCAUUCCCUGUAAUUCCCUCCCCCAUGAUACAUCUCCCGAGGCCCCUGGAGCUGGAGCCAGGCCUGUCUGGGGUCAGCAUCCCACUCCUCAGUCCCCCUGAUGAGGCCCAGGCCCAGGGGGACUUGUAUCCUGAGGGAGCCUCUCCAUCCUCCCUAGUCCCUUAGCCUGCUCCUUCCAGGAGCUGGAUCUCCAUCCCGACCUGAUUCCUCCUCCCUGGCCUAGAUCCCAGCCUCUUGCCAGUGUUGCUCUGAAGGAUGUUCCUGGAGCAGCCCCGGCUGGGCCCCGUGACUCCCAACAGUUGCCGGUGCCCAGUGAAGCAGAGAUCCUUGCCUCAUACCAAUUGCCACUCCACUCCAAAGGAGAGGGGAGAUGUCGAGUUAACGGGUAACUUUAAACCAAAGCCACACUCCACCUCCCUAGCUGGUUUAGCCCAAAGUGGGGGCCAAGGGGCACGUUUGAGCUGCGGGGAGACGGUCACAUUUGGACUCAUGCAUCUACAGUACAAAGCAGCACCCUCCAUCUAGGGGACCACGCCCACAGGCCUGCCUUAACUGCUGCCCUCCAUCCGGGGAGUGGGGCCGACGGGAACACGCUGCUUCCUCCACCAGCAGGCUGCCGGGGCGAAGACCGUAACAUCCCCUCUGGAGCCACCUAUUUAGUGCGACAAGCCCCCCACUGAAGUCCCAGUGUGGUGACAUCUUCAGCUUCAAUAGCUCCUGCGAGUGGCCUCAGGAAACGCCCAUUGGAGCUGAGCCCCUUGGCGAUAUGAGACUUUGGCACCAGCCCCAGGCCCCCCCCCGCCCCAGGUCUGCAUUGUGCUGACCCCACUGGCUGGCUCCCCAUUUCUCGGCACAGCUUGACUUCCCACGAGCAGCCUGGCGAGACAGGGCCCUCUCUCUGAUCUCUGGCUCGCUGAGCUCCCAGCAUUCCUCGUCGGUUCCACAACACAACCCGCAGGGCCCGGCAGAAUGUGCCCUGAUGCAGUUUGUGGCCUGUCGUUUCCGUGGCCGCCCCAACGAGCGGUGGCUGCUCCGGGCACUUCUGGCACUCCGGCAUUGGCAGCCACCCCUCUCCAUCUCGUUGCCUUCCCCCUCCUGCUGCACCUUCCACUUUGGCAUUUCCAGAGAGAACCAGCUCUUCGUCCAAGCCAAAUGUCGACUGGGUCAGAGGCAGCAUCACCUCUCCUGGGGGGUGACCACUGAGGGGGCUAACGGGAGGGCUGGGCCGUGGGUGUCGCUCUUCCCGCAUGGCGUUGGGGCCCGGCGCUCAGUCCCUCCGGGCAGCAGGACGGACUCUGCGGGGCUGUUACACCAUCAAGUGCCAUUAGGACGUAGGCCAGUGACUGCUGUGCCAGGGGGCAGCCCUGUCUGGGCCCAGCCCCCGGGUCUGACCUGCUUCACUUCCAUGGGCAAGAUCCAGAGGCAGCUGUGCCCACGGCACUUGGCUUUAACCUUCCCAUCGCCUGCCCUGGUGGGCCCCCACUGUGAGCUUUGUGGGUCACAGGGGACCAAAGCUCUGGGCCCCGUGCCUGGCUGGGCCCUGGGGCAGGCCGACCCCUUUCUUGCCCUCGUGGGGGUGUUGUUCUCAGGCCCAGCUAGGAAGGGCUGGGACCUGUCAGAGUGACUAGAAGGAGCAGGGCCGACAGCUAGGCUUGGGGUCGGAGGAACCUGGUGCAGUGAGUGGGGCCAAUGGAAACCCCCUCCCUGUGCAGGUCUCCCUUGCCCCUCGCUGUCUGAGUCCCCCUUAUAGGGGAGAUCUUAGUAACAGGCCCGUGUGUGCCGGGCGCGGGGACUCUAGCUCUGCACAUUGUAGAGGGGAGAGCAGCCCGGAGCCCAGCAGCAAGCAGUGAAGCACUGGGACAGAUGGGGUGGCGGGGGGACACCCCGACUUAUAAUAAAUACAGGUUUCCUCUGCCCCCUCAAAUUCCCUCCCUCCUCAGAAAUGCGACUCUUUAAAUCGAGCUUCUCAGGACCCUUCCUCCUUGACCUCUGAUGUGGCUUGAAAUGCCCCUUCUAGGAUGUGAAAUUGGUCCCUUGUUUGCUUCCCGUCCCCCCAGGUGGGGGAACCACCACACUCCUGUAUCGUAGAAAUUUCCCAGCAGUGAUUACGGCAUCUGACCUGUUCUCCCUGCCUUUUCCCCCUACCCUACACACACACACUUGGGGGACCUCCCCCAGCAUCCGGUCCAGCCCCACUCUUCUGUUGACUCAACGGCCUCUGAUGAGUUACCCCAAAAUGCCCAUUGCUGUGGGAAAUCCCAACCCACCCCUUUGUGCCGCAGCCAGGAGCCCUGAGGAUGCGGGAGUUUAGCUGCAGAUGCUUUGGCAGGUCUCACGCCUCUGACGCUCCAACUGGCAGCAGGUGAGCCCCAAAAUGCAGCCCGGCCAAGGCCUCGGAGCUGGGCUUCCCCAGGCCUCCUUCAGCAUGUACAUGGUCACCUGCUCUCACUGAUUUGCCUUUCAUAUGGGGUUGUGUUCCCCUAAACCCCACGGCUCUGCUCAGGUCCCCCCUCAUUGUAAUGCGGGGGUGCCCCCAUCUCCCAUGGCAGGGGUCUGUGCACUGAGCACAAGGCCCUGGGGUUCCCUCCCCCCCGCCAGGGGUGUAAAGACUUCGGUUGUUUUGGGUCACUUCCUUUUGUUUGUUACAUUUUUGUCUUAUUCAAAUGAAAAAACUUGAAGCCGGCGCCACUGUCUCGGUCUCUUUCUAUUUUUGGAAUCUUUGUAUUAACUGCGAUUAAAGCCAGGAAAGGAAAGUGAA